AUGGCGGCGCUGAGCGGCCUGGCGUCGGCGCUGGAGUCGUACAGGGGCCGGGACCGCCUGAUCCGAACGCUGGGGUACUGUUGCCAACUGGUUGGCGGGGUCCUGGUGGAACGCUGUCCGGCCAGAUCAGAAGUGGGGACACGCCUGCUGACCCUGUCCUCCCAACUCAGCCACUGUAGGACUGUUCUGCGACUCUUCGAUGAUGUGGCCAUGUUUAUCUACACGAAGCAGUAUGGCCUGGGGGCAGAGGAGGAAGACAGCUUUGUCCGCUGCGUGUCGGUCCUCGGCAACCUGGCCGACCAGCUCUACUACCCCUGUGAGCACAUCGCCUGGGCUGCUGAUGCCCAGAUCCUCCGCGUGGACCCUGCCCGGUGGUGGACACUGAGCACAGCCUUCUGGGGCCUCUCCCUGCUCCUGGGCAUUGCCAGGUCCUUGAGGAUGGUCCUGACGCUGAGACGGAAGCUGAGGGGCCCCGCAGUGGCCUUCACCAGCCGGCUGCCCCGGAGCAAGAGGAGGGCCAUGGAGGCCCAGGUCCGGUCGGAGGUGCUGACCCUCCUGAGCAACGUGGCUGAUCUGGCCAAUGCCGUGCACUGGCUGCCUCCGGGUGUCCUGUGGGCUGGCCGCUUCCCCCCGUGGCUCGUGGGCCUCCUCGGGACCAUCUCCUCCCUCCUCAGCGUGUACCAGGCUGGCCGGGCCGAGGCCACCACCCCCUGACGUGGCCUGGGAGGUGUGGGUGCAGCCGGAACCCCACCGGAGGGCCCCUUCCCACAAAGCAGGAAUCAGUCGGGCGGGGGCUGGGUCUGUAAUUGAGCAAUUCAAUGCCAGGUGUAGGGACGCGUAACCCAGAGAACGC